AUGUCCCCUAGCAAGGCUGACGUCCGACGGGCUUCCACUGUACGCCUGCACUCUGACUGCGGUGUAAGUCUACCUCGCCUCUCCGUUCGCGCCACAGUCUCAGCAGCAGCUUCACUAUACCAUAUACUAUCAUUAGAACCGCCCCAGAAAGCGUCACUAGCACGAGCUCUCUGCCUAGACGUCGACAAUCUGGAAUCCCUCCGAGUUCUGUUUGCAACCCGGCACACCUCCAAAUCCCGAGACUCGUCACCGAUCCUACCUGGGUUCAAGCAGAGGGACGAUGACUCUUUGAUCCUGCUCCCACCAACGAGCCGAUUCCCCACUCAAGCGCUCACACCGUUUGGCGCUCUCCUAUAUGCAAUAUCCUCUGGGCUUCAGAGCAUUCCUCUCCCUUUCCAGGCCCAAGACGUCAUGAAUGGCGUCGACGUUAAGCGCUUUGUGCGCUACUUCUAUGACCCUCCACCAAAGUACGAUGACCUGUCUGGCACUUCCAUAUGGCUGCUGGGGAAAGAGUAUCAGCCUGCACCGCCGAAGCCGGUAACAACAACGGAUCACGACGAUGUGGUGGAAGUCGAGUCCUCCACAGAUUCCCACGACCCUUCUGACGCAAGUGCACUGUCGUCCACAACAGAUCAACCCACACAACAGCAGCCUCAUGAACCUCAAUCGCAGAAUACCAGCAGUUUUGAUGAUGCUCAGCAUGUGACAGGAGGAAACAACCUCCCGUCACUAUCGAACGACCCUUCCGAUCGAGGAUGGCCCAUCACAUUUCUCGACGACUUCGAAUCGCGGAUAUGGAUGACCUACCGUUCCAACUUUACGCCCAUUCCUCGAUCGCAAGAGCCUGGCUCUAGUGUAUCCUUAUCCCUGUCCGUUCGCCUACGCAAUCUAACUGAGAGGGAUGGCUUCAGUAGCGACACAGGUUGGGGAUGUAUGAUCCGUUCGGGACAAUCUCUUUUGGCGAACGCACUGGUUAUGCUCCAUCUGGGCCGGGACUGGCGCCGACCACACACAUAUACCAAUCGUACCUCGUCUCCCUCCAGCGAUCCCUACGUCGACCCACCUCCCUUCACUCAAACGCAAGGCGAGGCCUCCAUCCUUUCCCUCUUCGCCGACUCCCCCCUCGCCCCCUUCUCCAUUCACCGGUUCGUCCAACACGGCGCAUCCGCCUGCGGCACACAUCCAGGCCAAUGGUUCGGGCCUUCCGCGACAGCUUCAUGCAUCAAAGAGCUUUCUGCCGAAUGCGCUGCUGCAGGGUUGCGAGUCUACGUGACACCAUCCGCGAGCGAGGUGUACGAAGACAAGUUCCGCAACAUUGCCCGCGCUUCUGCCACAGAUCUCAGCAUUAGACCUACGUUGAUACUUCUGGGAAUAAGACUAGGACUGGACCGAAUUACACCCGUCUACCAUGAAGCUCUCAAAAGCAGCCUCACAUACCCUCAGUCGAUUGGUAUUGCGGGUGGCCGUCCGUCCUCCUCACACUACUUUAUUGGCUGUCAAGGGGACCUCUUCUUCUACCUCGACCCGCAUGAGACCCGGCCAGCUCUGCAGCAUCACUCUGACCCCAACGAAUACACCGACGAGGAAAUCUCCACCUGCCAUACGCGCCGUCUUCGUGGGCUGAGGAUAAGCGAGAUGGAUCCAUCUAUGCUUAUCGGCUUUCUCAUCAAGGACGAACAAGAUUGGGACGAUUGGAAAAGGAGGAUAAAGGAGGUCAAGGGCAAGGCGAUUGUGUCCGUCUUUGACAAGGAGCCGCCGGUGCCUGGUGAAACGAAGGAGAGGAAGGAGGCUGUGGACGAGGUGCAGACAUUCGAUGACGAGGACGAGGAUGAUGAGACAGUUACUGUCACGGGGAAGGAGGAUGAACAAGCUAAACCCGAGGGCGAGGGCGACGAAGAUGGUGUCAAAGUCGACCGCGAAGCAGAAGGAGAUGGGCAAAGCGAUGCAAUCCGUGCUGGACUCGAUGGCCCGAGACAUCCCGUCAAGGUUGACAGUCCUGCGGAAAGAGUCCACAUGCCCUGACCGCACAAAGACGCGCCUGUCUGCGUGAUGAUGAGUACGAUGCUAUGCAUGACAAGAGUUCAACUACGGAGUACUAAUACGGCUAAUGACUAUGGGACGCCUUGGGAGUAUCUGGGUCGUUAGCAAGGGAGAAUGGGCAAAGACUGUACGACAGCCGAGUGUUGUCCUCCAUCUCGUCGGUGUUGCUGGGUCGGAAUUGUGAAUUGGAGUACAUUACUUGGUCGUGCUCGGGAGAAAAGUAUGACCGCCUGUACGGGCGGCAGUUGCCCAACAAGAUCAAUGUUUUGCUUGUUUCACCGCGCGAACACACACUAUUUUCCCGCGAGAGUCUCAAACAAUAUUGUGAGACACGCUCUGGGCAACAGUCCUUGUUUAUCUUCACGUGGUCCAUGUUGAAUAUGUGGCGCCUCUAGCGCGCAACUCCAUAAACGCGUACCAAAACAUUGGAACUCUGAGCUAUGACCGUCUAGAUUUCACGCAAGGAGUCCAAUGCGGCGCGAACCAAGACAAGAUUGAAGUCAGGACGGUUUGAUUUCAUGCUUUCAAUUCGAAUG